AUGGAGGAGAUUCCAGUUAAAGUAGCAGUAAGAAUAAGACCUCUGCUUUCUAAGGAAAUACUUCACAACCAUCAAGUUUGUGUGAGAUUAAUUCCAGAUACUCAGCAGAUUAUAAUUGGAAAGGACCGUGUCUUCACUUUUGAUUUUGUUUUCGGCAAACUUUCAACCCAAGAGGAAGUGUAUACAACAUGCAUUAAGCCGCUGGUGGCAUCUUUGAUAGAAGGAUAUAAUGCUACAGUUUUUGCCUAUGGACAAACAGGCUCUGGAAAGACUUACACUAUUGGAGGAGGUCAUAUUGUAUCUGUUGCAGAGGAAGAGAGAGGUAUUAUUCCACGUGCAAUCCAGGAAAUAUUUCAGAUUAUUUCAGAAAACCAUAAUAUUGACUUCACUGUGAAAGUUUCGUAUAUAGAAGUCUACAAAGAAGAACUCCGAGAUCUACUGGAACUGGAGACAUCUAUGAAAGAUAUGCACAUCAGAGAAGACGAAAAGGGCAAUACAGUACUUGUUGGUGCCAAAGACUGCCAAGUUGAAAAUGUGGCUGAAGUGAUGAGCCUGUUGGAAACUGGGAAUGCCGCCCGUCAUACAGGCACAACACAUAUGAAUGAACACUCCAGCCGAUCUCAUGCUGUUUUUACAAUCAGCAUUAGUCAACAACAACAACUUGUGUCGAACCAAAAGGAUGUAGAUUCUGCACCAUACUCAGGCCAGCUUAUUGCUUCCAAAUUUCACUUUGUGGACCUUGCAGGAUCAGAAAGAGUGACAAAAACUGGGAACACUGGUGAAAGAUUCAAAGAAUCAAUUCAGAUCAACAGUGGUCUAUUGGCUCUGGGAAAUGUGAUAAGCGCUCUUGGAGACCCAAAGAGAAAAAGUGCACAUAUUCCAUACAGGGAUGCUAAAAUCACACGUAUUCUUAAGGAUUCCUUGGGAGGCAAUGCCAAGACUGUCAUGAUAACUUGUAUUAACCCAUCAUCUUCUGAUUUUGAUGAAUCAUUAAACUCCAUCAAAUAUGCCAACAGAGCCAAGAAUAUUAGAAAUAAACCUGUUGUCAACUACAACCCAGACCUGGACCGUAUUGAUGAAAUGGAGCUUGAAAUCAAGUUGCUCCGGGAAGCUUUGCAAAACCAGCAAGUCAGUGGACAAACCCCUGUCAGUCAAGGGUCACAGGAUUUGUUACAGGAUAGAAACAAAAUCCGUUCCCUUGAAGAACAGCUUGCCCAGCUUCAGGUAGAAAGUUUUAGCUACCGAAAUUGCAUAGAGGAAGCUUAUGCAUUCCUUGUUGACUUAAAAAAUAUUGCUAGCUUAACAAAUAGUCAACAGGAGAGAUUGCAGGAUUGGUUCUGCAUGGCUCAGGAACUAAAGCGAGAGGCUUCAGCUAUUCCCAAAGUAAACAGUGGAAGUGAAGGUGAUCAAGAAGGGCUGUGUCAUAUCACCAUUCUUCAGCUGAAAAGGGAGCUGAAGAAAUACCAGCAAGCACUGGCUACAGAUGCAGAUGUGUUCAGUGAGAAAGAACUUGAACUAAAGGAACUACAAGAUCAAAUACAAAAACUGAUUAAGGAGAAUCAAGAAUAUCUGGUAGCAUUCAAGGAGGCACAGGAAACAAACAGGCUACAGAGAGAGAAGAUGGUGGAACAACAGCUUAUAAUUGACCAGCUGAAUGACAAAUUAGAGAAAAUGGCUAAUAGUUCUGCCUCCAGGAGUGAUUGUGAAGAUGGUCCAGCUGCUCUAAUACCUGCUAAAAGGCCUUAUAGUGUCCCACUAACUAAAAGGCUUGUACAGUCCAUUAAUACGCCAGUGGGGUUGGAUUCUCGAAAAGUACACACAAGCCCACCUACAUACUCCCUAAAUAGAGUAAUGGCAGGAUUUCGAACCCGAAGCCAAAUAAUGUUGGAUCACAUAGAAGAACAAGAUGAAGUUCUUCAUAAAAAAAAUUCCUGCUUUUCUGAUCAUAGUGAUGAAGAUGAAAAAAAUGCCAAGAACGUAAGAAGACCCCCAUUUAGACGGUCCUUAAACCGCACUUGGACACAAAAAGAAGCUUCCCACAGCUUCAUCCCUGGAUCAAAAGAAACACUGCACAAUUCCUCUUCACAAAAUGAAACUGUUACAGGUAAUGAAACUGCACCCGGACCGAGUGAAGAUAUUGACUGUAUCCAGAAGAGUCAAAUAUUAAAUAUGCAGAAGUUAAAGAAUUCAGAGCUAAAACUUACUGCUGCAAAGCAAAAAAUGAAUGAACUUACACUUAAUAUCAGAAUGAAAGAAGAACUUAUUAAAGAGCUAGUAAAAACAGGUAAUGAUGCCCGAUCUGUAACUAAGCAGUAUUCUCUGAAAAUAACAAAACUGGAACAUGAAGUGGAGAAGGCAAAAAUGGAAUUAAUUGAAACACAAAAGCAAUUGCUGGAACUAGAGAACAAGGAGUUAAGAGAUAUUGCAGAGAAAGCCAGGCUGCAGAAGGAAUUUAGGAAGAAGAUGGAAGCAGCAAAGCUUAAAGUGCAGGAUUUGCAAAGGAAACAGCAGGACACCAAAAAGUUGGCAUCACUGUCCACCCAGAAUGAGAAACAUGUAACAGAACUGGAACAGAAUGUCAGUCGCAUGAAAAAUCAACAAGCCCAACUUCAGAAAAGAUUGCAAGAGGAGAGUGAAAAAAAGAAAUCCUUGGAGGCAGAAAUUCAACGGGGUCACCAGCGCAUCAAGGAACUUCAGCAAAAGACAGAACAGCAGGAGAAGAUUCUAAAACUAAAAAAUGAAGAAAUUGCUGCAUUUAAGAGGAAAAACUCAUCUGUACCUCCACAACAACUGCAGAACUUAGAAGAGAAAAGGAAGUGGCUUGAUGAAGAGCUAGAGAAGAUUUUGCAGCAACGCCAAGAGCUGGCUCAUCUGGAGGAAGAUUUAAAGAGAAGAGAAGCUAUAAUUUCUAAGAAGGAAAUGCUGAUACAAGAAAAGAGCCAUUUGGAAAUAAAGAAAUUGAGAUCCAGCCAGGCACUCAGUACAGACAGUUUGAAAAUAUCUAGCCGUCUGAGCACGUUGGAUCAGGAAUUAUGUAACAAAAAUAUACAGCUUCAGAGCAAUACCAGUGAUGAGCAAGGAAAGAUUUUGGAAGAGGUUCAGGUUCUGCAGAAGGAGAGGGAUCAACUGCUAAAAAGAAGAAACAGUGUGGAUGAGAAGCUUGAAAGUGGCAGAGUGUUGUCUCCUGAAGAAGAACACAUUCUAUUCCAACUUGAAGAGGGAAUUGAUGCCUUGGAGGCUGCCAUUGCCUACAAGAAUGAAAGUAUCCAAAAUCACAAGAGCUUGCUCAGAGCCUCAUCUCAAAUCAUCUCUCAGAGUGAGGCCAAUAUGAUGGGAAAAUUAGUUUCCUUGUCUGCUAAUGAGCUACAAGCAAUUCUCUUCAAGUAUUUUAAUAAGGUUGUCAGCCUCCGAGAGAGUGAACGUAAAUUGCAGCUCCAAAAUGAAGAACUGAGAAUGAGGGUAAUGGAACAAGAAAAUAUUGUAAGAGAGCUUGGACUGGCACUUCAGCAUCUCAUGCUUCAGUAUGAUAGGCGUCUGACCCUCCAACAGAAAGAGCAUGAGCAAAAGAUGCAAUUAAUACUAGUUCAUUGCAAAGAGGAAGAUGGGGAAAGUAUUACAGAAUCCCUUAAAACACAUGAAGCCAAAGUCCAGCGAUUGGAAAAAGAGUUGUUUUUUUAUAAAAAAACCAGCAGAGAACUAAAGAAGAAAUUAAAGGAACUUCUUGGAGAAUCGAUGCAUCCUGCUUCUACACAAAGUAAUUGUUCUAAUGAUGGGAUACUGGACCAAGAAAGAGCAGGUAUCUCUUUGCAAGAACUUGUGUGGACAUCUAAAUCAUCUGGAAAAUUGAAAGAAACAGAACACCCAGUGGGUGGCUUAGAAGCACAGCAAAAUUCCCAUAGACUUGAAUGGAAUGGUGCAGAGCUGGAAUCUAAUGCGCUGUGUUCAUCCAACAGUCACGAGGAGCAAGCAGGAAAAGUGCAGCAGCUUGCAAAAUCUAAUCCACAAGUGUUCUGUCAUUCUCAGGCAAAAGAGACAUUGACACAACUUCAAGGAGUAACCUCAGUAAAACUUUCCCGCAAAGAAUUACGUCCUAUCCCUAUUUCUGAGCUUUCAUCAAGGCGCUCAGGCCUAAUAGAUGGUACAAAUUCUGUUGCUGAAAAUUCCUUUGAAAUAUCUAGGAAACCUAAUGACUAUAAUACAUAA